UAUAAAUUGAAACCAAAUAUUUUUUCUUUAAUCAAAAUUAUACUAGGCACCAAGCAGACUAGUCUAACGGUGGCAAGAUGUUCUGCCAAAUGAUCUGAGGCUCUGCCGAGAUGUUUAUAACUGGUCGCGCUCAGAACGUAGCGCGUAGUGACGUAUGACCCGGAAGUAGCGUUAAUGUUUUCAUAGGAGAGAGCGUGUGGAGACGCUACACUAACUCACAAUGGCCAAUCUGGAACAGUGGGUUAGUGACCAGCUCCAUGACAUCCUGGGUUUGAGUGACCGAUAUGUGGCUCAGUUCAUGAUCGGUCUGGUGAAGAAGUCUUCUGGACCUCAGGACUUUGUGGCUCGGCUUCAGCAAACCGGAACCAUUGAUAUUGAUCAAAGAAUCACAGCGUUUGCACAUGAGCUGUACAACAAAGCACCCAAAAAAAAUGUGACAGAAAAACCUGCCCGGGCGUUGGAACGACAAGUCAUGGAAAUGGAGAGAAAGAACAGAACCUACACUCUUCUGGAGGACAGUGAGAGUGAUGGGGAGGCGGCCAGAGAAAGAGGAAAAGAGAAGAAAAGUAAAGACCGGGACAAAGGAAAGAAGAGAAAACACCUCAGACAGAAAAAAGAUGAAAGUUCAUCGUCCAGUGAAGAGGACAGCAAAAAGAGCACUAAAGUCAUGGAUGAGCCAAAAAAAGCUGCUAAAGAAGAGGAGGAGGAAGAAUGGGAGCGGGAAGAGAGAGAGAGACUUCAGGAUCUGGAAGAGAGGGAUGCAUUUGCUGAACGAGUGAAACUGAAGGACAAAGACAAGACAAGACACAUACUUGAGAGAAAUGACAAAAAGGCUUACGAGGAAGCUCAAAAAAGACUCAAAAUGGCUGAAGAGGAUCAAAAGAAAAUGCUUCCAGAGUUAAGGAAACAGUCACGUCGGCAGUAUCUGAGCAAAAGAGAACAGGAGAAGAUUGAUGACCUCGAGGCUGAAAUUAAGGACGAGGAAUACCUCUUCUCCACUCAGAACCUCACAGAUAAGGAAAAGAAAGACUUAGAUUACAAGCGGAAGGUCAGAGACCUGGCCCAAGACUACAAGAAAGCUGGAGCGAAAGAAAAAGAGGAGAGAAAGAACAGAUACUACAUGCCAGAGGAGAAAAGAAACAAGUCCAUUCCUCAAAAAGACAUGGACCUGGAGUUUGAAGAGACUCCCAGAGAGGGAGGUGGGGAGCAGGGCCGCUGGGAGGAGGCGAGAGUGGCCACCGCCACCCUGCAGUUCGGGGCCAGAGAAGAGCGGGAACGCCGGAUAAAGGAGGAGCAGGAUAGGUACCAGCUCAUUUUAGAGGAAGAGGAGAUGAUCAACUUCGUCAGCACGGCCAUUACUAUGAAAGGAACGCUCUCAGAAAAGGAAAGUGAACCUGAGUUAUCACAAGCUGAGAAGCAGAAGCAAUCCAUCCAGGAAGUGAGACGCAGCCUUCCCAUCUUUCCUUACAGAGAAGAUCUUCUCGCUGCCAUCAAAGACCACCAGAUCUUGGUCAUAGAGGGUGAAACCGGAUCUGGCAAGACCACCCAGAUCCCUCAGUAUCUCCUGGAAGAUGGUUACACUAACGGAGGAAUGAAGAUUGGCUGUACUCAACCUCGAAGAGUGGCGGCCAUGUCUGUAGCUGCCAGAGUCGCACAGGAAAUGAAUGUCAAACUAGGAAAUGAGGUGGGCUACAGCAUCCGUUUUGAGGACUGUACGUCAGAACGCACUAUCCUGAAGUACAUGACUGACGGCAUGUUACUCAGAGAGUUUCUUACAGAGCCCGACCUCGCCAGCUACAGUGUGAUCAUCAUCGAUGAGGCCCACGAGCGAACAUUGCACACAGACAUCCUCUUCGGUCUAAUCAAAGACAUUGCACGUUUCCGCCCUGAUCUGAAGAUUCUGGUGGCCAGCGCCACUCUGGACACAGAGCGCUUCUCCUCCUUCUUUGAUGAUGCACCCGUAUUUAGGAUUCCAGGUCGUAGGUUUCCCGUGGAUAUCUACUACACAAAGGCUCCGGAGGCCGACUACCUGGAAGCAUGUGUUGUGUCAGUGCUACAGAUCCAUGUCACUCAGCCGGCUGGAGACGUAUUGGUCUUCCUCACAGGACAGGAGGAGAUUGAAGCGUGCUGUGAACUUCUACAGGAGAGAUGUAGGAGACUGGGCUCAAAGAUAUCUGAACUCAUUGUUUUGCCCAUCUAUGCCAACUUGCCUUCAGACAUGCAGGCCAAGAUCUUCAAUCCCACUCCGCCUGGAGCACGCAAAGUUGUGGUGGCCACAAAUAUCGCAGAGACGUCUCUCACCAUCGACGGCAUCAUCUACGUUAUUGAUCCAGGUUUCUGCAAACAAAAGAGCUACAAUGCAAGAACAGGAAUGGAAUCUCUCAUUGUCACUCCCUGUUCACGAGCAUCUGCCAAUCAGAGAGCAGGUCGUGCAGGAAGAGUGGCUGCUGGGAAAUGUUUUAGGCUGUACACCGCCUGGGCCUUUAAACAUGAGAUGGAGGAGACCUCCAUCCCUGAGAUCCAGAGAACAAACCUGGGCAAUGUGGUUCUGCUGCUCAAAAGUCUUGGCAUAAAUGACCUGAUUCAUUUCGACUUCAUGGAUCCUCCUCCUCACGAAACACUGGUGUUGGCGCUGGAGCAGCUUUAUGCUUUGGGUGCCCUUAACCACCUCGGUGAACUCACUAAGCUCGGCCGAAGGAUGGCUGAACUUCCUGUGGACCCCAUGCUGAGUAAAAUGGUUCUGGCUUCUGAACAUUAUAAGUGCUCCGAGGAGAUUCUGACCAUCGCGGCCAUGCUGUCGGUGAACAACUCCAUCUUCUACCGCCCCAAGGACAAAGUGGUUCAUGCCGACAACGCUCGAAUGAACUUCGUGGUACCAGGAGGAGAUCACAUGGUGCUGCUCAAUGUAUAUACGCAGUGGGUAGAGAGCGGUUACUCCACUCAGUGGUGUUUCGAGAACUUCAUCCAGUUUCGCUCCAUGAAGCGAGCUCGAGAUGUCCGUGAUCAGCUGGAGGGGUUGAUGGACAGGAUCGAAGUGGAACUGUCCAGCUGCAGCGGUGACAGUGUGCCCAUUCGCAAGGCGGUGACUGCGGGAUAUUUCUACCACACGGCACGCUUGAGUAAAGGGGGAUAUAAAACAGUCAAACACCAGCAGACUGUUUUCGUCCAUCCCAACAGCUCACUCUUUGAGGAACAGCCACGUUGGAUGAUCUACCACGAGCUGGUCUUCACCACCAAAGAGUUCAUGAGACAGGUGAUAGAGAUUGAAAGUGGCUGGCUGUUGGAAGUGGCUCCUCAUUAUUACAAGAACAAAGAACUGGAGGACAGCAGCAGUAAGAAGAUGCCCCGCAAACAAGGCAAAGCCCGUGAAGAGCUGGGCUGAUCCUGAGAAUCAGACGAGACUCUUCCAGCCAAUAUUUCUACCGACAGGAGAUCAGCGAUGUGAGAAAAUCCAUCAGUGUUCAGUUGGAAAUUAUCAGACGGUUUGUUUGGUAAUUUGCUGAUCUGUGUAAAGUAUUUUGGAGACUCCUAAUUUUUGUGUUUCAGCUGAAGUUGUUUUCAUGUGUUUGAAUGAGGAAAUAUAUUUUUGAUUACAAGUAUACACGUGUUGUUGUUUUUUAUUGUUUAUAUACUGAUAUAUGAUAUGACCUCUGAAACUAUUUAAAGAGAUGUGGAUCAAAAGAAGGAUGUUAUCAAAGGUCGUGCUGUUGUAGGUAAUUAAGACAACAGUGUUUUCAUAAAUACACAGAGAAGAUGUUUUCAACGAUGUGUUAUGCUAAACCUACUGUGCCUCGGGUAGUUGCCUAAAAUACAUGGUUUAGGAAAGAGAACCAGGAGGAAGUUCUCAUAUUUCAAAACAAAGGCAAAGUUUACCAUUGAUACAUCAAUAUAAAUGGACGGGCAAUAAAAUAUUAAUACAGAAAGGUUAAUGUGUUGCAACAGGCACACCCUCAAGUGUGGAUAUAUCAUCUCAAUCCAAGAGCUGUUUUUUAUUUUUUACUCAAAGUUCAGAUAGUUUAAUAUAUAUAGCCAGCAGUCAAUGAUUGGUAGUUUCCAGUCAUUUGUAGUUUCCCCCUAAAGGUUCCAGAUGAACUGAAAUUAGCCAUUGGUCAAUGAGUAGCUAAUGUUGUAAAACUGAUUGUCAACAGAAAUGUUUUUCCUUAACCAGAAAUUCAUUUGAAUGAUUGGCACAAUAUAUGGUCACGUUUGUUUGUAUUAUUGCGUUUAUGACUAUAUGAUCCAAAAUAACUCCAGAUUUUAAUUUUGGAGGUAAACUAGGCCAUGGCUUAAGGGUGAUUCACAGAGAAUGUAUUUCGCAAUUAAGUAUGAGAGACAGUAAUAUGAUGGUAUUAAAAAAAAAAAGAUAUGCAUUUUUUAAAAGUUGAACUUAAAACUUAAAGAAACAAACACGCCUGUGUAGUGCAUACAGAAAAACAAUUGAAAAACAUAGUAGUGGAAUAAGAAAAACAUUUCUGUUUUACAUUCUUUUCAAAGGGUUUUUCAAAUUCCAUGUUCAGUUUUGUUUUCCUUUUGAAAGCUUUUUCAGAUUCCAUGUUCAGUCUUUUUGAAUGUUUUUUUGAUUCCACUGUACUGUCUCACACGUGAACUGACUAUUUCAGUUUUUCAAAUUCAUAUGAAUUCAUAUGUUGUGAUUUGUACAAAGAAGAAAGUAUGCACAAGGUCCACCCUUAAACCUAACCUUCAAUGGGUCGUAAUUAGAUUGUAUGAUAAUUGUGAAAGUUGUACAAAUUCUUACUAUUUAGUAAUUAGCCACAAAUUCGCCAAAACAUGAGAUGGUUAUGAAUUUCAUUGAGAUUGUUUAGUGUAAAUGGUCACUUCUAAAAGUUCCUCUGCAAGUAUUUGAAACCAAAUCAUCAAACAGUCUUAUGUGACUUAUCUGAUGCUUUUAUGCAAAGAGAUCUCAUUGUUAUGAAAGCCCCUUUCUGCCACGGAAAAAUAAUAAUAAUAAUAAAAAAGGUAAUUUAUCUCACAACUCAGACUUGUGAGAUUUCAACAGUUUUGCGAAACAUAAACUCAGAAUUAAGACUCCUUUUUUUCUCGUAGUUUACAUCUCACAAUUCAGUUUUUCUGACUCUGCCACAGAAUAAAAAAUAAAAAAGUUCUGACUUUUCUUGGAGUUAUGAGUUUGUCUUACAGUUCUGUUUAUCUAGUAAUUGUGACUUUUUUUUUCUUUCUUAGAGUUGCAAGAAAAAAAAGUCAAAAUUCUGUGAUUUGAAAAGUUGCAGUUACCUUUUUAUUUUUUUUUUCUAUGGGGGAAACGGGCUUCCAUACCUUGCAUUGUUCAAACAAUGCAACCACAAUGACACAUGUUCCCUUUAAAAAUGGUAUUUUGCAUAUGGUUUAUCUAAUGAUCUAGAAGUUGCUCUUCUGUCUUGUUUCUCUUUCUCACCGAAUCAGUAGUGGCAACCAUGUGUU